AUGUCGAACCCUAUUUCCAAGGAAGUUCAAGAAAAGCUCUUUGCGAAAGCCAUUGCAGCCAAGGACACAUCGUAUUCCCCCUAUUCAAAGUUCAGAGUGGGUGCUGCAUUGUUGACCGAGGAUGGUACUAUAUACCAAGGGUGCAAUAUCGAGAACGCAUCAUUCGGAGCUGGCAUCUGUGCUGAACGCACAGCCUAUGUCAAGGCGAUUAGCGAAGGACACAACAAAUUCGUUGCAUUGGCUGUUACCACGGACCAGGAUGACUUUGUAUCGCCAUGCGGUAUUUGCAGGCAAUUCAUCUCGGAAUUUGGUCCUGCCACACUCCCAGUUUACCUUUUGAAGACCAGUGGUGAAUCGCAACUAUUAACCUUGGCUGAUCUACUACCCUAUUCAUUUGGCUUGGAGCAAGGUCAAAAGUAUAUCCUCAAAUAA